ACACUCAACCAGUUUCUCUUCAGGAAAUAGGACAGAACAAAGAUCCAUGAGAAAAGGAUCCACAUUUAUCUGAUGCUCCAUAUAUCUCUCUCUGCAUCUAUAUGCAUAUAUCUUUUGAUUUGGCUGAAUAUACUGCUGAUGUUGAUGGAAUUGGCACUUUACGGUUACUUGAUGCUAUCAAGACAUGCAGCCUCAUCGACUCUGUGAAGUUCUACCAAGCUUCAACAAGUGAGCUUUAUGGGAAAGUGCAAGAAAUACCGCAAAAGGAGACCACUCCUUUUUAUCCCAGAUCACCAUAUGGGGCAGCCAAGCUAUAUGCAUAUUGGAUUGUGGUGAACUUCAGGGAGGCCUACAAUCUCUUUGCUGUGAAUGGUAUUCUCUUCAACCAU